AGGAGCGGAGUCGCGAGGCAGGACUGCGGCACGAGCCCUGAGGUCGGAGUACUACAGUAACACGUCUACAGCAACACAGCGACUCCACAACAAGGCAACUGCGCGGAGUAGCGUCCUUUGCCUUUCGGCUUGCGCGCGUUGAUGCUCCUGACGGAAGUGCCGGACGACGUGUCUUUGUCCAGCAAACACUCGGGAGGACAGAGGGACGCAAUGAAAACGGAGGAGACGCAGUCCUGUCUGCAGCAAGGUCCCCCCGCUACCUCCUUUGGGUCUGAACACGGGGGUGCCGGUGAGGUGUGUGCGGGCUGUGAGUCUCCGAUUGCCGACCGUUUCCUGCUGCGGGUAAAUGAACGCUCGUGGCACGAGACAUGUGUCAAGUGCGCCGUGUGUCGGACCACGCUCAGCGGCACGUGCUACUGCCGCGACCGGCUGCUCUACUGCAAGCAUGACUACGAGAAGCUGUUUGUGCGGAAGUGCAGCUCCUGCCUGCAGGUGAUCGGUCGCUCAGAGCUCAUCAUGCGCGUCCUAGGCCAGGUGUACCACCUGGGCUGCUUCAGCUGCUGCGAGUGCGAACGCCGGCUGCAGCGGGGUGACGAGUUUGUCCUCAAGGAGGGACAACUGCUGUGCAGGGGCGACUACGAGAAGGAGAGGGAGAUGCUGGCUGCCAUCAGCCCCACCCCCACUGAAUCAGUGAAGAGCGAGGAUGAGGACGGCGGAGGCGGCUCUGUGGAGAAGGGUGGCGACGAUGGCAAGGAGCACAAGAGGUCCAAGCGCCCGCGAACCAUCCUGACCACACAGCAGCGCCGUGCAUUUAAGGCCUCCUUCGAGGUGUCCUCCAAGCCCUGUCGCAAGGUCAGGGAGACUUUGGCCGCAGAGACGGGACUGACUGUGCGGGUCGUGCAGGUCUGGUUCCAGAACCAGAGGGCCAAGAUGAAGAAGAUUGCCCGCCGACAACAGCAGCAGCAGCAACAGCAGCAGGAGCAAGAGCAGCUUGGUGGGGCCCGGAGGGGCCAGAGUCGGGGAGGCAGACAGAGCAACGACGACAGUGAAGAUGGUUCCAGUGGCCAUGGACUAGACAGCCUAAUGGCAUAUUCGUCGUUGCCACGGCAGCAGCUACUGGCUCUGGACCCCAACAUAUAUGGGGGAGAGCCAUUCCGUCAUGGCCUCACCCCCCCACAGCUGGGCCCAGAGCAGCUGCACUCCUACGAUUCGGAGACUGUCUUCCAUGAUCUCGAUAGUGAAGCAAGCCUGAGUCACUUGGGCGACUGUCUCUUGGCAACAGCGGAGGGUGGCCUCUUAUCUGGACGGGUGGGGAACCCCAUUGAUCGCCUCUACUCCAUGCAGAACUCCUACUUCACCUCCUGACCCUGUGAGCUCUGAGUCCCAUUACAGACUUCACCACCAGCCAGCUUGUUACGGUGGUGUCCCAGUCUGCCCACCCAAGUCCUUUAAAACUACAUCUCGGCAGCAACUAUGGCUAUCUACACACCUCCCAUUCGUUUCCAGAAACAGUCCACCUCCACUGUAUAAGCCGAUGAAAACUCUACUUGUCAUGAAAAUCAUGGAUAACUGCCAGCCCAAGCGGAGUGGCAAACCCGACUGUAAAUUGAGUUUUUUUAAAAGUACUGUUUAUAGCUUAUUGCUGUUCUUCGCCUGUGCUGUUCUGAAAAAAAUUCAAAGCAGAAAUUUUACACAUCAGUGAUAUGCUUAUGUGAUGGGGAAGUGAGGCAGAAGCAGCAGAUUCUGACACACCGAGCGUCAGGCAGUACUCGCCGACUCUGAUGCUGACGCUUUCCAGGCCAUCGACCUUAAUAUUUCAAAGAUCAGCGAAGCAGGCAUGGCAGAGAGUAUCAGAUUGCGGGGAGCUCCCCCUUCAUGUAUAUAUUUUUUCUCUUGGUCAGAGGUGGAGUCCUUGGCACUUGAGUCUAGCAGUGCUUUGAUUUGUGGCGAGCAGGGGCAGUUUCACUCAUUAACUUCUAAUCUUCAGCUGCCCGCAUGAGAGCCAAAGGUGGGUGCAUGAGAAGGGCUUGUGGGUUGGGGAGUGGGGGUGGUUACAUAUGACGACAGGUUCGUGAUGCUCAAAGAAAUUUGCUCAGUGGUCUUCCAGGUUCGGUGGGGCUGGAGGUGGGAGGGUCAUUCAUUUGCCUGGUGUGGGGUCGUUGUGUCAUACGUGAACAUUUAGGGAAGAGUCGAUGAGUUAGGUCAGUCUACGUGUUUGGGGUGAGCUAAAAGGGAGGAUAUUUCUAUUACCAGGAGUUGUGCAAUCUGGGUAGCUUGAGGUCAGUAAUGACAAGGGUCCACCAAAAAGGUGAAGGGAUGUGUAUUAUGUGAGUUUGUGCUCAGGGUACUGUGUGCUGAGCUGUGUGAUGAGGUCAGGGUGUUAUUAGGGUAAUUUGGGAAGGAGUAUCAAAGAAAUACAGCAUGCACAUGGGCCAGUGCGAAGGUUACUGGUAGUGUCGCCAGUAUAUUGGGAGAUUGAGAAUUAAAAGCGUCAACUGCCCUAAGGCCACGGUGGAGCUGCAUUACCUCAUCCAGGGAUCUGAACUGAGCCUUGGAAGUGCAGGAACUCCGCGUGAACCCACGUUCUAGUUUCGCUGUGGUUUGUGUGAGAUUUUGUUCAGAGGAUCAUAUUCUCUUGAGUCAGCAAAAAAGGUUCUUAGAUAUAUUUCUAUGAUUUCUAGGAAGUGGUCCAAGCCCCACCCCCAAAAAUGUUGUAUCAUUUAAAAACAAAAUAUCCUAUAUGCGGUACACUGGGACUUUACCUUGUAGCAUGCACAGUUCGGGAGAUAGACUUAAAAACUUAUGUCCCGUAGUGUGGACAAAAAAUAACGGCUGGGUCCUAGGAUGUUAACAAGAAAGCCAAAAUUAGACAAUUUCCCAAAAAUCAGAACGUAACGUACAUCCUAAUGUCAACAUUAAAAAAUGACAUCAGCUUUUGAUCGACUAUAGACAUAAGUAGGAAUGCAGUAACAUUAUUGAGUUCACGUUAGGGGAUAUUUUGAGACCAACCUUGUAGUGUCGUUAUGGACUAUAAUUAGAUUGUGAAUCAGUAUAAAUGUCUUGAACCGUUUGUUUCGGUCACAGUUUGGAGAGUCCAAGCAAACGUGUCCAGCGCCUCGUCGUUGGGAACAAAGUACUUGGAUGAGCAGGAGCAAACAGGGUCGCUAAGGUCACAGGGUCAUCGAGAAGGAAAGGUGAAAGGUCCACAGGGUUUAUUUAAAGGGAGGAGGAGACAGCACAGGGAAUAUUGUCCUGUUUUAAUGUGAGUUGGUGAACACUCAGAAAACCACUAGUUUGAUUGGAAGGUGUCAAGAUGUACAGCAAACGUGAGGAUAUUUUGAAAUUAUGCUCUGAGGUAUAAUCAAUGAUUGUGCUACUACUGUAGAUAUAAUUACUACUGCUGUUUUUUGGUGUUGCCACUGCUGUUAUUUGGGUUUGUACUUGAAGACUCAUCUGGUGAGGUAUUUUGUACUGUUUUCUUGUGGCUGUGAUUUGAAGUUUAUCGAUGUUGAAGUACUUGUGCAGCAGCAUGGCGUCAUCUGAAAAGCAUGAAGACAUGACUACACCCGUCACGGGGGAACGUGGAGAAGCAUCUCAACGCGGAACACGGAAAAAGCCAGUUUGCAAACCGGGACUCUUCCUCCCUUUGCAUGUUGGUAAAAGAUCUGACAUUCCUGCUUCCAGGGAGGCUGUUCACAGCGAUAGACUUGCGUGUUCCUGAGACAGCGGCGCAUGUCGAUCGUUCUCUUCCGCUUCAGGGCCGCUGGGGCUGUGCCCUGUGCGAGUCCCUCCGCUUUACACGAGUGUAACGUCACGUUUCCAUGUUUUCAAUACAGUGUGACUCCAUCUGGUAGCCGUGACCCUGAGGUUUUAUUUCCAUCCCACCUACACACACAACCGAAGUGCACAGCUAUCAAAAAGCACAUGCUAUUGAAGACAAGCUGUCAACAGUUUGUAUUUAGUGUAGGCACAUUAUUAUUAAGAUGUAUCCAAAUCCAUAAUUUAUUAAUACUCUCCCUCUUAAGAUUCUUGUUUAGCAGAAGUAAUGGAACUUCCAGAAAGAAGGUUUAGUCAUGUGUUUCCCCUCCUUGCUUUUUAAUACCUGAUCCAGAAAAUUUGGAAUGUUCUGCUCCUUGGUCAAAGAACUCAUAACUCAACAGACACUCCCUUCUCUGUCCCUCUCUCUCCAUCUGAACAGAGGUCAUAACUCAGCAAUCCACCCCCCCUUCCAUCCCUCCCUCUGUCUCUCUCAGG